AUGAAACUUCUUGCAGUUGGCUGGUCCAAGGACCCUGAAUGUUCUCAGAAGCCUGUGAUUGAGCACAGACAGGAUCUACUAAUACUGGAUCGAAUUAUCCAUGAGUCCCCUCAGGCCGAUGCCUGCCAUGCAUACCAGAUUGUUCACCGAAAUGGGAUUCCUGAUGAACAAAUAAUUGUUAUGAUGUAUGAUGACAUUGCAGACGAUGAAAAUAAUCCAACAAAAGGUAUUAUCAUCAAUAGACCCAAUGGCACUGAUGUGUAUAAAGGGGUCCCAAAAGACUAUACAAAAGAGAACGUUACUCCAGAAAACUUUCUUGCUGUCCUACGAGGUGAUGCUGAAGCUGUGAAGAAUAAAGGAUCAGGGAAAGUUUUGAAGAGUGGGCCCAAGGAUCAUGUGUUUGUUUACUUCACGGAUCAUGGAGCUCCUGGAGUCUUGGCUUUUCCUGAUGAUGAUCUUCAUGUAAAGGAUUUGGAUAAGACUAUCCAUUACAUGUUCCAACAUAAAAAGUACCAAAAGAUGGUGUUCUACAUUGAAGCAUGUGAAUCUGGCUCAAUGAUGAAGCACCUGCCUGAUGAUAUCAAUGUUUAUGCAACUACUGCUGCCAAUCCCAGUGAGUCUUCCUAUGCUUGUUACUAUGAUGAUGAGAGAUUAACUUACCUAGGAGACUGGUAUAGUGUCAACUGGAUGGAAGAUUCAGAUGUGGAAGAUUUGACUAAAGAGACUCUGCAUAAGCAGUUUCAGCUAGUGAAAAAACAUACCAAUACCAGCCAUGUCAUGCAGUAUGGAAACAAGACCAUCUCCCACAUGAAAGUGAUGGCGUUUCAGGGAAUGAGACAAACAGCCAGUUCUCCCAUCUCUCUGCCACCAGUGAAACACUAUGACCUCACUCCAAGCCCUGAUGUCCCCAUUGCAAUCAUGAAAAGGAAACUGAUGGCCACUAAUGAUGCACUUAAAGCUAAGGAGAUUGUUGAUGAGCUGCAGGCACACUUACAGGCUAGAACCCUCAUUCAGGACUCUGUGCGGAAAAUUGUAUCAGUAGUGACUACAUCCAGUGUUGAUACUGAGAAGAUGCUCUCUGAGAGGUGGACACUCACUUCCCACGAUUGCUACAAGGCUGCUGUGACUCAUUUCAGGAUCCACUGUUUUAACUGGCACUCCUCCUUGUAUGAGUAUGCUCUCCGACAGCUAUAUGUGUUCGUCAAUCUUUGUGAAGUGGCUUAUCCAGUUGACAGAAUAAAGCUGGCCAUGGACAAAGUGUGCUUGGGCUAUGACUCAAGUUUGCCUUCCCAGUGAUUUCCAAGAACAAAUGUGAAAUUUAUACUGAUGGAAGACUUGACUGCAGAUUUAUACUGAUGGAAGCAGGAAAGGGACUGGCAUGUUUGUACUCUUGUGAAUGCUGCUAAACCAUUCAGAAGGUCUGCAUGUGGGGCUUUCCCCAAGAAGCUUCUCAAAGUUUCUCUUGCUUACCUUCACCCUCUUUUACCUUGUUCUGUCAGUGGGUUAUUACUGGGAAAUGGUAUCUAUUUGGUUGGGCAAAGCAUUAUAUUAGAUGAAAUAUUUCUGAUCUUUACAUGUUAAAUGUUUCGGUUUUGAAACCAGUAGCUUAACAAGUGCACUUAGUUCCCUUUACAGUAACUUUGGUCUGCUUGACCUGUAUGAUGACACUUUAUUGCUGAAGUUCAACAAAGUGCAAGAAGAAUUGAAUAGGGGAUUUGUAAACAUGGACUGGAAAGGUUUUUUUUCCCCCAGAAAAUUUACAUUGUGAUCAUGUUUCUCCAAGAUUAAUGCAUUUAUGCAUAAAUUAUAUGAUGAGUUCAGUGCCUAAAAAAAUAAAGAUUUUAUCACUUGUAA